UAAGUUUCCGUGAAACCAUCAAAAGCAGGCAGCUAUAUAGACGGAAUGCCUGCCCUAGUUCUUUACAAAGGAAUCUGAAUCCGACGAGCUUCCAUUGUUUCCAUUUAUCCUUUUAAUUCAAAAAAUUUCUACUCUCCAUUUCUGCUUCUAAUCAUGGGUUCAGAUGCGGAUAUGGAGGAUUAUGGGUUCGAGUACUCGGACGAGGAGCCUGAGGAGCAAGACGUUGACAUUGAAAACCAAUAUUACAACUCCAAAGGUUUGGUUGAAACAGACCCAGAAGGAGCACUUGCAGGUUUUGCAGAAGUUGUUAGCAUGGAGCCAGAGAAGGCAGAGUGGGGAUUCAAAGCGCUGAAACAAACUGUUAAGCUUUAUUAUCGUUUGGGGAAGUACAAAGAAAUGAUGGAUGCUUACAGGGAGAUGCUUACAUACAUUAAAUCAGCAGUCACCCGUAACUACAGUGAGAAAUGUAUAAACAACAUCAUGGACUUCGUUUCUGGAUCAGCUAGUCAGAAUUUUGGCCUCCUGCAAGAAUUUUAUCAAACCACCUUGAAGGCCUUGGAAGAAGCAAAGAAUGAGAGACUUUGGUUCAAAACAAAUCUUAAGCUUUGCAAGAUAUGGUUUGACAUGGGUGAAUAUGGGCGGAUGAGCAAGAUUCUGAAAGAACUCCACAAAUCUUGUCAACGAGAAGAUGGUACAGAUGACCAAAAGAAAGGCAGUCAACUUCUGGAGGUGUACGCAAUUGAGAUUCAAAUGUAUACUGAAACCAAGAACAACAAAAAGCUUAAGCAAUUAUACCAAAAAGCACUUGCAAUCAAGUCAGCAAUUCCACAUCCAAGGAUAAUGGGGAUAAUUCGAGAAUGUGGUGGGAAGAUGCAUACGGCAGAGCGUCAAUGGGCUGAGGCAGCAACAGAUUUUUUUGAAGCUUUUAAGAACUAUGAUGAAGCUGGGAACCAAAGACGUAUACAAUGCCUAAAAUACCUGGUUCUGGCUAAUAUGCUGAUGGAAUCUGAAGUGAAUCCAUUUGAUGGUCAAGAGGCAAAACCAUAUAAAAAUGACCCUGAGAUUUUGGCAAUGACGAACCUGAUAGCAGCAUAUCAACGAAAUGAAAUAUUGGAAUUUGAGAAAAUCCUCAAGAGUAACAGAAGGACAAUAAUGGAUGACCCAUUUAUCCGGAAUUAUAUUGAAGAUCUAUUGAAGAAUGUUAGAACUCAAGUGCUGCUGAAGCUUAUUAAACCUUAUACAAGAAUUCGGAUUCCUUUCAUAUCCAAGGAACUCAAUGUGCCAGAAAAAGAUGUUGAGCAACUGUUGGUUUCACUAAUAUUGGAUAAUCGUAUUGAUGGACAUAUUGAUCAAGUGAACAGACUAUUAGAGCGUGGAGACAGGUCAAAGGGAAUGAAGAAGUAUACUGCCAUCGACAAAUGGAACACACAACUUAGAUCACUUUAUCAAACUAUCAGCAACCGUGUGUACUGAGAUUGUCAGUAGGUAGUGUGAUUUCCAUCUGCUAAAGUUACUCUACAUUUCUCAGUAUUUUGGUGGUAUUGACAACAGAACUUUUGCUCUCUUGUGAGGCCACAAUUCUAGAAGCUACUUCUAUAAGUAAUCAUUAAGAUCUGUGUUUUUAUAGCUGAUGCAUUUUGACGAAAAUGAGGGUAGAGAAUGUAUAAUCUAUAGUAUGCUCAUAAUUUUGAUACUGAGAAAAUUCCAGUCUUGUAUGGACCAAUCUGACGGCUUGCGUGCUUUUAAUUUACAGUUUUGUUUGUUGGUUUGA